UUCAAACCCGCCGGGUGGGCGCGGAGCCGCUGCUCGGGGCGUGUGCGGCCUGCGCCGGGGGCUGCGGGGAUCUGGUGGGCGGAUCGGACUCUCGACCAGGCACAUGGCUUCCAAGUGGCCGGGCGUGGGGGUGACCGCGCGCCGCAGGCCGCUCCAGGACUGGGAGCAGCUGGAGGAGGAGGAGGCAGAGCCGCGGGCGGGCGGCCACACCGAGCCCCCCGGCGGCGCCCUGGGCUCCCUGUGCAGACAGCUCCAAAGGAGGCUGCCCCUGAGGGCCGUCAGCCUCAACCUCGGGGCGGGGCCCUCCUGGAAACGCCUGGAGAACCCAGAGCCAGCGCAGGGGCUCCAGGCCGCCGCUCGCUCAGCCAAGAACGCCUUGGGCUCCGUGUCCCAGAGAAUCCAGGAGUCGUGCCAGAGCGGCACCAAGUGGCUGGCGGGAAGCCAGGCGAAGGCCAGGAGGAGGAGAGGGGCACAGAAGGGCCGCGGCCCCCCGGCUCGCACCCCGGGCCCGAAGAGCCCCCGGCUCUGUGCGGCCGCCCCGGCCCCGCGGGAGGGACACUGCCACCGGCUCGCUGCCCACCCACGGCGGCCCCGGAGGGGGCCUGCCUUCCGGAGCCCCCCGUCCUCGACGGAGCCCCUGUGCUCCCCCAGUGAGUCUGAGAGCGACGCGGAGCCCGCGGGAGCGGGACUCCAGCACCCCCGGCGGCUGUCCCGCGAGCCGGACGCGGCCGUCGCGGCUGAGGGGAGGGGCGACGUGACCGUUUCUCUCCUCGGUGACUGAGGACAGCGCCUUCGGAGACGCCCGCCUCCCGAGGGUUUUCUCCGGGUUCUUCCCCUUCCUCCUCCUCCUCACCCUCGAACACGUGCAAGAACAACGUAGUCCUUUCUAGAAAACCCUGAUGAGCUGAUGGGCCCAGCAGCUGGGAAGCGCACGCGCGUGCAGCCCACCUGCCGGGUGCCGCUGGCCCCACUGACCCCGCCCCCAGCCGAGCCCCCCGCGAGCCGGAGCCACCCUCCGGGCCCUCGUCCCCUCGUUCCGGGGAGGCCCCCCCUGCUCCGAGCCCAGCGAGGGGCCCCAGGGGCUCG